UGGUUUGCUCUUUAUUAUUGUCAUUUACAUUACUGCAAAUCUUCUUACUGCUUUAGUUCCUUAUUACUCUUAUUGCGCAACUUCAAGAAUACGCCUUCAAGUUAAAUUUCUCAAGUUUCGUUCUUAACGUACGAAAGAUUUUGAUUAAAAUCGAAGUUUUUAUCCGCUGCACUAAUUCACCCCCCCCCUCUUAGUGCCGCUCCGAUCCUAACAAGUGGUAUCAGAGCGAGGUUAUCUCUCAUAUUUGGUUUAAUACCCAAGAGAGAUGGCUUAUUCCGGCAUGCAAGAGGGCCAUUCUAUUGCACGACCACCUUUGUUUAAUGGGUCGGAUUACACAUAUUGGAAGACUCGCAUGAGGAUCUUCCUCAUUUCUAUGGACUUUGAGCUUUGGUCUAUUGUUGAGAAUGGAUUUCAAAAAUCUUCUCUUCCGAUGAGUGAAUGGAAUGAAUCGGAGAAGAAGGUUUUUGCUUUAAAUGCAAAGGCUAUGAAUGCCUUGUUUUGUGCAUUAGACAAAAACGAAUUUAAUCGUGUUUCAAUGUGUGAUUCGGCUUUUGAUAUUUGGAGAACUCUUGAGGUCACUCAUGAAGGCACUAGCCGAGUGAAAGAGUCCAAAAUCAACAUCCUUGUGCACUCUUACGAACUUUUCCGAAUGAAAUCAAGUGAGUCCAUCGGAGACAUGUACACCCGGUUUACGGAUGUCAUCAAUGGACUCAAAGCUCUUGGUAAAGAUUUUACUAACUUUGAACUAGUAACUAAAAUCUUAAGAUCCCUCCCUAAAAGUUGGGAUCCAAAAGUUACGGCCAUUCAAGAGGCCAAAGACCUUAAAGCAUUCCCUCUUGAAGAACUCAUUGGGUCUCUAAUGACCUAC